AUGGCGACGAGCAUGUUACCGUUACGGCCACCAGUAGUGGCCGCCCGUGCUGGCUCCGGCAACCGGAAGACUGACGCAAGCAGCAGGAAAAGCAGUAGCUCCUCUAACUGGUGGUCUCCGCUCUUCGGAUUGUCCGGCGAACCGGACUACGUUGAUACCGACGACCUGAGGACCGUUGAGAGCAAAACAGAUCCGGAUCCGAAACCGGCGAGGACGCGGUUCGCUCCCGGCGCUUUCACAGAGGAGAAAGCCAAGCAGCUCCGUCGUCUCACCACGGAGACUUCGUCGUUUCAUGACGUCAUGUACCACUCCGCGAUCGCUUCGAGGCUCGCUUCCGAUUUCACCGACAUAUCCACUCCCGGUACCGAUCCACGGCUUUAA